AUGCCUGAUCGUCGUCUCCCAUCGCGGCGUUCCACCUCAGCGUCACGUUUGCACAAGCGAUGCGCGGGCGAGCAGGACAGCGUGGACGAGAUGAAAAAGUACCUGGUGCAACUCAAAAGAAUGGUGCCCACAAUCCCGCACAAAAGGAAGGUGAAGCGGUUGGAAUUGCUGCAACACGUCAUCGACUACAUACAGAUGCUCGAACUGACGCUGCAGCGACCCGACGCAAUCUACCAGGCCGUCUCCCCGCUCCCAGCCGGCCGUUUGGAUGCUGGCGCAGAAAAUUCGUGA